GUUAACCACAUCUAUAUUUACGUCGCCAGGGACGGCUCUACUUUGAAAGGGGAGCAUGUAAUAGGGUGCUCUAACCUUGUAGGAUAUAUUUUAUUAUUGAUUGUAAGAGUUGCAGUGUAUUUCCUGGGACAUCCUGAGACAUUCCCUGUAUCAGCAGCCCUAUACUGGGAAGGAGUGGGCGACCUUUGAAUGACACUUCCUAAUGACUAUCUUCCCAGGGGUCUAGGGCAGCACACGUCCAGAUCGCCUGGCCCUAGCCUUAUUUGGGCAUGUCCAGGGACUGGUCAGUAAGAUCUUAAGAAAGGGAAAGGAUGUGACUCAGGAUGAUUGUGAUACAAAGAAUGUAACUUUUUCCAAGAAACCUGUGUGUAGGCGGUGAAGAAUAUAAAAGCCCCUGCACUCAUGUAGUUAUAAGAGUUCCCGUUUGAGAGAGAAGAGAAUACAGACCACUUUCUACGUAGCUGUCGGCUCCUGUGUCUUUCUUUCGGGUCGUACAUCUACAACAUCGGCGGCUUAUCUUACGAACUUUGUAAGGGCACCCAUCGAGGCUUAGCUACCAUCGUCGUCCUUGACCUUGGCACCCUUACAAUUGGUGGCAGCGGUGGGAUAAGCUGCGUACGACGUCGAGGACCAGAGGACCAGGAGCCAAGUUCAACAUCAACACCACGCUACGACGGAAGACCAGCGGUAAGUGCACUUGUUUGUGGGUUGAGGGGGAGACAUACACGCCUUCUUGUCCGACCAUUGGCAUUGUUGCUGGGAGUUAGAUAUUUUUGAUAGAAGACUAUGGAGAAUCAGGAGGCUGCAAACCCCCAAGAUAACCCUGACGGAGUAAUUCCCCCUGGAAACGGUGGUGAUGUACAGGUAAACCCCGAAGAUCAGAAUAACCAGAACGGCCCCGAGAAUCAAACUCAGAAUCAGAACCAAGUGGUGAAUCCAGUAGCAAACUUUGGGUUAGGCUACCUGCCGUUUGACAGAAAGUUGCCCAAGUUUACCGGGGCAGAGUCUAGUCUGUCUGUCGAGGAGUGGCUAGAUGAGGUAGAAGGCUCUUUUGAUCUGUUCAAUAUUCCUGAAGGCCACCGAGCCGGUUUGUUGUAUCGACAGCUAGAAGGAGAGGCCAGAAGGCAGGUGGCUGUGUUGCCCAAUGCAGAAAGGACAGAUCUAGAGAGGUUAAAAGAUAGGCUAGUAGAAGCCUUUGGGGACACGGCUCAUGUUUCCGUAAUUAUGGGCCAGUUCUACUCUAGAGUUCAGCUCCCAAAAGAAACACUGCAGAGCUACGCGCUUGCUCUCCAAGAAUUGUUGAAACGGGCAGAUAGGCGGAGGGGACAGCCCCUAGUUGACACAGAUAGUAUCCUAAGGGACAGGUUCCUGGACGGAAUACGAGACGAGUGGCUGCGCCGCCAGUUGCGUAGGGAAGUAAUGAGAGCUCCCGUAGAAAACCCCCGGACCUUCAGAGAGAUAAAGGAAGAAGCAUUCCACCUUAGUGGGGAAUGGGGGGCAAGUACUAGUUCAGUCCAGGUACAAGCAAGUCAAAUGGUGGUGGAGAGUACUGACAUGACAACUGAACUGACCAAGCUUAGGGAAGAGACGAAAUGA